AAGUGUGUGUACUCUGGCCAGAAUCAUGAAAUCAUCAUCAGAAGACACUCCUGACUCCUCCAAUGGCGCCUCAGCUUCUCUCCUCCCGUAACUUCAAAUCUCUCUUUGACUCUGUCGACACUUUCCUAUUUGACUGCGAUGGUGUUAUAUGGAAGGGUGAAAAGCUCAUCGAUGGCGUCGCCCAAACUCUGGACCUAAUCCGCUCUAAGGGUAAAAAUGUUGUCUUUGUGACCAAUAAUUCGGUCAAAUCGAGGAGGCAAUACGCUGAAAAGUUCCGAUCUUUGGGUGUCCCUUCUGUUACUCAGGAUGAGAUCUUCUCUUCGUCAUUUGCGGCCGCUAUGUACCUCAAAGUCAACAAUUUCCAUAAGGACAAGAAGGUUUAUGUGAUUGGUGGGGAAGGCAUUCUUGAGGAGCUCCAGAUUGCUGGUUUUACAGGUCUCGGUGGUCCUGAAGACGGUGAAAAGAGGGCACAAUGGAAAUCAAACUCUCUCUUUGAACAUGAUAAAAGCGUGGGAGCAGUUGUGGUCGGACUAGACCCCAAUAUAAACUACUAUAAGCUUCAAUACGGUACCCUCUGUGUACGCGAGAAUCCGGGAUGUCUUUUCAUUGCAACCAACCGUGAUGCAGUAGGACAUAUGACGGAUCUCCAAGAGUGGCCUGGUGCUGGUUGUAUGGUUGCUGCGAUGUGUGGAUCAACUGAAAGAGAACCAAUAGUUGUUGGGAAACCAUCUACUUUCAUGAUGGACUUUCUGCUACAAAAAUUUGGGACAGAAACGUCAAGAAUGUGCAUGGUGGGUGAUAGGCUAGAUACUGAUAUCUUGUUUGGACAGAAUGCUGGCUGCAAAACUCUCCUCGUCCUAACAGGGGUGACAAGUGAAUCAAAUCUACUAAAAGAGGGCAACGAGAUUGAACCAGACUAUUACACAAGCACGGUCUCUGAUAUGAUGAAACUGAUGGAGUCUCCCUAGUAAGUAAGGGCAUCAUCAUGUUGCUUUACCCAUGAAUGAAACAGUCAUUUAUGUCCCUGUUUUUUUUCUGAUUUUUUGUCUUGGUUAAUAGUCUGAUGGUCCACAUCAUCAGAAAACAUGGCGUGCUAGCUUUUAAUAAAGGCUCUUUUGUUAU